GGACCGCCGUUAAACCUCAUCGAAGAAGACACUGCUUCACAUACGCCAUCAUGCAUUGGCAUAGGAAGGAUAUCCCUAGCUAACUCUGUGGAGGAGAAACACCGCAGUUGUUACUAGCAUUGCGUCUGAAACUGACGAGUCUGCCGCCCAAGUAUUAAAAUUAAAAAGGAGAUACGCGAGAGGCUAAAUGGCGGGUACUUGGUGGAACAGUGCCGCUUUUACUCACGUCCUUGUGGCUCUUUUCGGUAUGGGUUCCUGGAUUUCCGUGAACUGUCUCUGGGUUGAGCUACCCGUGGUUGUCAGAGUUCUGCCUGAAGGGUGGAGCCUGCCAGUCUAUCUGUCAGUACUGAUAGCCUUUGGGAAUAUAGGUCCGAUUGCUGUGACCAUAAUGCAUCACUGUGUCCCAGGACAGUUAAACGAGCGCCUGGUCAUCCACAGUAUCCAGGUUCUAGCAGUGGUGGCAUCAAUCUUCCUAGCCAUCUUUUGGUCACAGGUGGCCACUGUGGCAGGGGAAGUGAGAUCCGUACCAUAUCUGCUGCUCACGUUCGUUUUGGCUCUGGUUUGCUGUACAUCCAAUGUCACCUUCUUGCCCUUCAUGUUCCGCUACCCCCCUCAAUACAUCCGCACAUUCUUUGUUGGCCAGGGGCUCAGUGCCCUGUUCCCAUGUGUUGUGGCUUUGGGGCAGGGUGUGGGGAAAUUGGAGUGCAAAUUGAACAAUGGCACAGUACAGGCACACUACCUGGAUGAGAACUUCCCUGCCCAGGACUUCUUUUGGUUCCUGUUUGUAAUGCUGACAAUCUCAGCCCUCUGCUUCAUGGCGUUGACGCGUAGAGAAAUAACAGAGCCAGCAUCACAGGAGACCGCAGAGCCUGAAGUGGUGACGACAAAGGAAAAUGGGGAGGAGACCCACCCGCUCCAGAAUGGAGGAACACUGUUGUCUGAGGACCAGGUGGAGUUGAAGAAAACAUCCCCGGUCCAAACCUUCUGGACACCACGCAACAUCUACCUGCUGGUGCUACUAGGUGUGUCCAACGCCCUGACCAACGGAGUCCUUCCCUCUGUCCAGAGCUUCUCCUGUCUGCCCUACGGCACCAUGACCUAUCACCUCUCUGUGGUCCUUGGCAACAUUGCAAACCCACUGGCCUGCUUUGUGGCCAUGUUUGUCCUUUGCAGGUCAUCUGUGGGUCUUGGUUUCAUGUCUGUAGCAGGGGGGGUCUUUGCGGCCUACCUCAUGGCUCUGGCAGUACUCAGCCCCUGUCCUCCUCUCUUGGGGAGCUCUGCUGGUGUAUCCUUGGUGGUGGUGUCCUGGAUCAUCUUCACUGGUCUCUUCUCUUACCUGAAGGUAGUUAUAGGGACGUUGCUCCACAAGGCUGGCCAUGCUGCUCUGCUGUGGUGCGGUGUCUUCAUCCAGGCUGGCUCACUGAUAGGAGCCCUCUCCAUGUUCCCCCUGGUCAGCAUUUACCACAUAUUUGCACAGUCUGAGGACUGUGUGGACAACUGCAGUUAGUUAGGCACCAGGAACCACAGCUAGGUGAUCACGUCAGGGAUGGAAGAUGGAACACCCUUUCCAGGCCCAGAAGGGUUGAUGGGGGGGGGGUUCUGUAAGGGCUGAGGAAAGGCAUUCCAGGGGUAAUGGGAGCAUUGAGUUGCUGUGUCCUGGUUAAGGGGAUGUAAGUGCCUGUGAUGCAGUGCCGCAGGGGAUUUUUAAAAUUAUUGAUCUAGUUUCUUGGUUUGCUGAAGGAGCUGCUAUUACCGGUAUGUUUUUCCACUAAAUCAUGUGACAAGACUUGUUUAAUCAGGGACUGAAUCAAUAACACAAAUUCAUCCAGUUUGGCUGUCCCCAGGCCUUAGGCGUAAGAAACAAACACAUUAAUGGCCAGUUUCAGAGAGACAGAAGAAGCCCAGUCCUCGACUAAAAAGCAUGCUCAACGGAGAAUCUCCAGAGAAUGCAGAGAGUCCUGGACAGGGCUUAAUCUUUGACUUGGAAAGUGGCCCUAUGAAACUCAAAAACCAUGUUUCCAUCCACAGCUUUCAUGUGAUUUAAAGUCAUAUCAUUUAAAACAAAAAUCAUGACAGCUGUGAUGGAAACAGGACAGGUCGGUACAAUUUUAUAAAUGCUGACCGAUCAUUUCCUAGUUCGACAAGGUGGGAUCUUUGUGUCUAAAAUUUAUAAUGCGAGAAAUGGCAAAUAUUGACAAUCAUCAUAUCGAAGUCAACUUGUGAUGAUAUGGUGUGUGGUCCUCCCACAACGUCUUGGAGAGUUCCUGAGUUCAUUAGCAGUUCAUUAGGCUACAAAUGAUAAAUUAGGCUAUAAAUGAUGAACUUCACAGGAUGGUGAAAGUGCAAGGUGAUCUUGAUGCUUUAUCUUAUUCUGGUGACAUGAUGAUCGAUGCUUGAAUGUUGUUUGACAAAUUAACAGAUUCUCGCUCUUAUUCAUAAUCAUCUCAUGUGGACUAGCCUACCCGCACAGCCUGUCCGCACUGUAUCUGCCGAAUGUUGGUACGUACGAAGACCAGAGUAGGCACAUUUGCUAUUUAACGCAACAGUUUUUGUGACGACUAUCGGAGAGUUUAGAGUAUUUGAAAAUGCGAUGGAAACCCAUUGUACUUUAGGUUUUUAUUUGUUACAUGAAAACGUACAUUUUGUGUGCGCACCUCUUUUUUAUCAACAAGUAACAAGUCCGUUUGGUGGAAACAUACCACUGGUGGAAUUAUUUAGUAUUUUUUAAAUGCAGGUUUUUUAAAUAUUUGGAUGGAAACCUAGCUAUAGACAGGUUUUAAUACUAAUGUUGGACACCUGGUGUCCCAGGUCUAAAUCAGUCCUUGAUUAGGUGGGAAGAAUGGAAAUCAGCAGUGGAACUGGAUUUGAGGUCCAGGUUUGAAUUUGUCUGUUCUAGGAGAUAUUUACGUCUGUCACUUGGUAUGUCAUUGUAUGCCAUGUCAGAAUCAUCAUUCCAGAGAGAUUAUAGUUUAAACUUAUUUUGUGUUGUCCUGAUAAUUCUGAACAAUUACUUGUUUAUUUCCCUCCAGAUUAUUUCUCCAUACACAAUGGGAUUGUUUCUUUCUACUAAUGCCUUCGUCUCCUGUUGUGUAUUAUCAUCCAUGUAAUUUGGUGUUGAAUCCUUUUUGAUGACCAUUUAAAAAAAUAUAUAUUAACCAUUCCAAAUGCAAUGCCAAAUGUUAGCCUUCCUUCAGAUAACAUUUAAAUGUUAUCUUGCUAUCUAAAACAUUUCGGUAAUGUUGAAGCCUCUGUCUUUAGGCCAAAACACCAGUGCUAAGUCUGAUAAUGUAAAUGCGACCUAAGUUAGCCUACUAAACACAUCAUGACUGAGACACGAGGGGUUUUUGUGAUUUCAGCUUCGGAAGGAAUAAAGAACAUUUUAAAAUCUG